GUGGGAUUUCCGGCGUCAGGCCACCUCGACCUGCGCACCAUGUCUGUUGCCUUUAAUUUUCUUCUCCCAGCAAAGUUAGGGCUAACGAUCAUAUCAAAUCCCCCUAAUCUUAUUAGGAAUUUCUUCCUAAUCUUAGUCUAACUCGAUGUACAAUUAGGCCAGAUUAGAUCUCGCAGGCUCUGCUCCGUGGCUCGUCUUCCUCCUCGCGCCAGCACCGCCACCGCUGCCGAGCGCCCCAGCCCCCUGGCUCGUCUUCCUCCUCUCGCCAGCACCGCCACCGCUGCCGAGCGCCCCAGCCCCCCUGGCUCGUCUUCCUCCACCGCAGGUUUGCGUUUCUGAGCUGGUGUACAUAAUUAGGCUCCCAUCUCCCUGCGCCGUCAUUAUGUUCUUAUCGAGCAAUGUGUAGCAGUUUCCGCUCACAAGACUCCAUCUUCUAUACCUACGCUGGUAUACUAAGGCGAUGGCAAAACUUCCAAUAGUUGGUCGCAGUGCGGCUAGGAAACCCAACGAAAGCAUGAGGCUCGUUGUAGUGACAAUUGUUGGAGUGGUGUUUGGUUUCUUUAUUGGAAUCUCUUUCCCAACAGUUAGCAUAACAAAGCUUCACUUUCCUUCCAGCAUCGUUUCCUACAUAGAAGACAAGAACACUGGGCUGACAGCUCAAGCUAUUCUUAAUCAUGCUUGGACUGCUGCUAGAAACACAAGGGGGAAUGGUACUUCUCAACCUAGUUCAAACACUACCAUGAAGAUUUAUGUACCAACUAAUCCCAGGGGCGCAGAGAGGCUAGCACCUGGUAUUGUCGAACCGCAGUCUGAUUACUAUCUGCGCAGGUUACAGGGAGACCCGGAUGAGGACCUACCCUUCAAGCCGAAGUACCUUGUUACUUUCACUGUUGGAAUUGCACAAAAGGACAACAUAAAUAGAGCAGUCAAGAAGUUUUCUGAUGAUUUUCUUAUCCUAUUAUUUCACUAUGAUGGCCGUGUGAGUGAAUGGGAUGAGUUUGAGUGGUCAAAACGAGCAAUCCAUAUAAGUGCCCUGAAACAAGCGAAAUGGUGGUAUGCCAAAAGAUUCCUGCACCCUGAUAUUGUGGCACCUUAUGAGUAUAUCUUUAUCUGGGAUGAGGACCUUGGUCUUGAGCAUUUUAAUGCAGAAGAAUAUAUUAAACUUGUCAAGAAAUAUCAGUUGGAUAUCUCGCAACCAGGGUUGGAGCCAGAUAAGGGAUUAACAUGGCAGAUGACCAAAAGAAGAGGUGAUCGUGAGGUCCACAAGGAUACCGAGGAGAGACCAGGCUGGUGCACUGAUCCUCAUCUUCCACCAUGUGCUGCGUUUGUUGAAAUCAUGGCUCCAGUCUUCUCAAGAGACGCAUGGAGAUGUGUAUGGCAUAUGAUUCAGAAUGAUUUGGUUCAUGGAUGGGGUCUCGAUUUUGCUCUGAGGAAAUGUGUGGAGCCUGCUCAUGAGAAAAUUGGUGUUGUUGAUUCCCAAUGGAUUGUACACCAAGUGGUUCCUUCUCUCGGGAACCAGGGGCGUGCGGAGAAUGGGAAGGCGCCAUGGGAAGGGGUACGAGAGCGUUGCCGAAAAGAAUGGGGGAUCUUCCAGACGAGGAUAGCGGAGGCUGACAAGGCGUAUUACGAGAUGAUGGGCGUCACCCCUCCAAACGUAACAUUUGUCCACUAGGGUCACAUAUAUGCUGUUAAUCCUUUUUUCCUCUAGAAAGCCCUUAUUGUAGAGAGAGCUUGGGUGAAUGGUGAUACGUGUAGAGCGAUACGAGAUAUCAUAUCAUUAAUUAAUUUUCUCAUCUCCUUCGCUGGAUAUGUAUA